AUGUGGUAUGUUCUGGACUUGCUUCUGCUGGCCGGUGCAGUCGCAUACGCACUGCGUCCGCCUCAACGCGCCACCUUCGAGGAAACGGUGCAGCUGCAUGCGUCUCCGGAAGAGGACAAUGAGGUUUCCGAGACCAUAUCUGAAAGAGAUGAUCAGGCUUCUGAUAACGUGUCUGAAACGAUCACUUACACGCCUCUUGAGAGAGAAUCUCGCACCCUCGAAGACUGGCUGGCGCCCGUUCCGGAUGCUGCAUGGCAUCACCACAUCCGUAGAACGAGGCAGGAUAAGACUGGAGAAGGGCUGCUAGGCUCUGCAGAGUUUCAGACCUGGUUCGCAACACAUGGGGCGACGUUGCUUUGUACAGGCUUGCCAGGCACUGGCAAAACCAAUCUCGCGUCGGCCGUAAUUGACUAUCUGCAAGAAAAGCGCGGGGAAGAUGCCAGCGUCGGCGUGGCUUUCCUCUACUGCAGAGCUGGAAACCACGAGCUCCGAAAGCCUGUCGACCUCUUGUGGAGCCUACUUAGACAGUUUGUUCAAAAGUCGCCAAAGGUCCUUCCGGAAACUCUCCAGUUGUUCUACGAAUGUUACAAACUCCAAAAGCCGCCUCGGUUGGCCAUCGAGGAUGUCUCAAAAGCGAUGCAGAUUAUGGUCAGCGAAUACUCAAGAGCGUUCGUGGUUAUUGAUGCGUUGGAUGAAUGCGACUGGAAGAAUGAUGAGCUGCAUACUUUUCUGGAUGUMAUUUCUGCACUUCAGGCACAGACGGGACUCAACCUCCUGGCUACAUCGCGCCAUGCGUUUGACACGAAAAGCAGAUUCCAAGAUUGCCUGUCAUUGACUAUUCGUGCUUCUGACGAAGAUAUUCGACUGUAUCUGCAGAACCAUAUGACCAGACUGCCACCGUUUGCGCGGGACAAUCCGCACUUUCUGGACCAUAUCAAAGAUAAUAUUGUCCAGGCCUCUAAUGGGGUAUUCCUUCUUGCACGUCUCGAUCUGAGCUGUUUGGAGAACAGCCUAUCAACGGAGGAAAUCAACGCAGUCUUGGAACAGAUUCGUGCUACGCGACCAAAUGGGCUUACUGAGACAGAUGUAUUAGAUUCAAUAGCCCGGGCAUGUUCCCGAGCGAUAGACAAAAUAAAACGACAAGCUGAGGGGGCUCGGAACCUUGCGCAACGAAUAUUAGAGUGGCUCAGCUGUGCGCGGGCUCCGCUGAAACUCUCAGAGCUCAAGCAAGCCCUCGUCUCGGAGUUUACUGCAAUGGAGGAAAAGGAAGCAGUGCCAGCAGCUGAGGACAUUGUUUCAGUCUGCGCCGGACUGGUCACGGUUGACAUAGAGGCAGACACCGUCUCCUUUCUCCACCGCAUCAUACAUGAGCAUUUCGAGCAGAACUGGAGACUUUACUUUCCGAAUGCAGAGGAUAACCUUACUAGAGUCUGUAUCACACAUUUAAUGAAAACUUUCCGAAGCGAACCAAGCCACGCAAAGGAUGAGAGUGAGGAAUGCUCCCAACAGAAUGCCUUUACCAUCUACGCAGCCAAAACCUGGGGACACCAUGCUCGCGCAUCAUUAACAGACGCAACAGAAGAUUGGGUUCUUCAAUUCCUCCGCAGCGACGCCGCUGUUGCCGGUUCUUGCCGGGCAAUGAGCCUCUGGGGUGGCACUCAACUCGAUAACCCCUGUGGAGUGCAUCUCGCAGCAUACUUUGGACUGGAAAAGGCAAUGGCCGCGCUACUAAAAGACGGGCGCAGUCCAGACACGAAAGCUUUGUGCGGUAAAACAGCACUACUAUGGGCUGCAGAGAUGGGCCAUGAAGCAGUCGUUGCGUUACUACUCAAAGAGCUCAAAGAGUCGGGUGUACAGAUUGAAUGCAAAGACUCCGAACAUGGGCAGACGCCCCUUAUCUGCGCGGCAAGAAACGGUCAUGGCAAUAUUGUAAAACUCUUGCUCGAGCAUGGUGCCAACCCGGAGCCAAAGGACGGCAUAUUCAACCAAACAGCACUUUCCUGGGCUGUAAAGAACGGCCAUACGCAGGUUGCCAAGUUGCUACUUGACUAUAACGCCCAGAUACCUUGCAGCCGAGUCGAGUUUGACCCGAAAUGCCUUCGGGGCUCAGAGGCUGGCUUGCAUGACGCCUUCGUGCAGGAGUUUCUUGCUGGAACCCCACUGAUUUCGGCGGCAUGGAACGGACACGAGAGUGUGGUGCUCCUGCUCCUGGAGCACGGUUGUGAUCCGGAGACAAGGGAUAGCAUAUUCGGUCAAACAGCGCUGUCGUGGGCGGCGUGGAAGGGCCAGGAGGGAGUUGUCCGAAUACUCUUAGAGAAACAGGCCUCAACGGACACGCUUGAUAAACUCGAAAUGACGCCACUGCACUACGCAGCACUAAACGGACAUGCGACGGUUGUUCGCCAAUUGCUUGAGAGCGGCGCAGACAUCGAGUGCCGACAUGAUGACUUCGACUGCACGCCGCUGUCUCUGGCGGCAUGGACCGGUCGUCAAGCCGUGGUCCAGUUACUGCUGGACAAGGGCGCUGAUUUACAGGGCGGGAGAGCGCUCGAAUGGGCCCUUGAUAAUGGACCCGAAAUAAGCCUGAGAUUUCUGAUCAAAGGCAUGGAAUACCGUCGUGACCCCGCGUCUUGCACACAGAGCGACCUUGAGCGAAUGAUGCCGGGAGACGAACAUCUAAAAGCGCUCCCUCUUCUAUGUCUUGGCCGUUUCGACUUAUGGCAAAUGGAAGAGAUGUUCUUCAGUAUGAUGUACCGGUUACCGGUUUUAUGGGGUGUUUGGAGCAGACAAGGCGAUAUCGUAAAGCUGUUAAUGGAAAAGGGAGCAUCGAUUCCUCUCGAACAAGGCAUCGAGUCCGACAAGACGGUCCUUGCAAUAGCUGCAGAAAGGGGCUUUGAAACAUUGGUCAGCGUGCUGAUUGAGCAGGGAGCUGAUAUAGAAGUCAGGGACGCCGUUAUUGGCAAGACACCGCUUCACUUUGCUGCAGAGAACGGCCAUGACGGAGUGGUCAAGAUAUUGCUCGACAACGGUGCGGAUAUCGAAGCUCAGGACAUCCUGUUCGGGCAGACGCCACUUUUAUGGGCUGCUGAGAAAGGCCAUACUGCUGUUGUAAAGUUGCUGCUGGAUAGAGGUGCGCAAAUUGAGGCAAGUGACGACGAGCACGGUCAAACACCGAGGCAAGUGACGACGAGCACGGUCAAACACCCUUGCUGUUAG